AUGCGUUCAACCUUCAAAGUCCGCCAACCAUUAAACUUUGCCUUGGCAGCUGGAGCAUCUAGGCAGAUGCCCAGCCUGUCUUUGCUGAAGGUGUCCCCAUUGUUGACCGCUGUGACCGCUGAUCCUGACGCGCGGAAAUCUAUGAUGUCUGCAUGUGCUGCCAUCUUCAGAUGGCCCUGGCUGGGAGCUGGUGGUCGAGCCAUGCUUCGCAAGUUUUUUGCUGGUGGUGGGCGGCUAUUGCGACUGGCUGAAGGCCCCAUCGACAAGUGUGGAUUGGCAUAUUUCCUGAGCGCAAAGUUCACAAGUCUUACCACCGUUGCGGUAGCCACAUCGGCCUCUAUGCGGUAUUCAGACUUGCAGAGUCGAUUGGCUGCUUGGGGCAUCUCCGGCGAUUUGCAGGAGGAUGCUGGAUUGCUAGCCUGCGCAAGCUUCAUUAACGUGGCCUUCGUUCCGCUUCAUUUCUACACUGCAGUUCGCGUGGUUUGUUUCCUGGAGUUUAUUGCUGCGGACACCUGGAAGGAGGUUGGGUAG